AGGAGUUAAAUAUAAAGAGGCAAUUGUCCUCUUCGUUUUUCAAUUGAAACGAGGAUAGAAUGCGAAAGUAUACGUUAUAGUCUUCAUAGUCUUCGCUUCUAUGGCUUGCAAUUUAUGCUGCUGCUUGUGCGCCGGCCGAGGUAGGAUUAAGAAGCCAAAAGGAUCCGACGUAGAAAUAGGUACAAAGAAGAAGAGCGCCACCAGCUACGGCGGCACAAAAGACGGGAAUAUGAUUGUUUUGGCCGGGGCUGGUGCUGCAGUAGCUGCCACUGCCGCGGCUGCAGCUGUGGCAAGUAGCAGUAAAGAUAAACGGAAGGGUAAUAGCAAUAUUAGUGGUGGUUGUGGAGCGGCAGUUGGAGGUGGUGGUACGGAUAAUUUUAGUGCGAACCAAGGUUGUUGUUGUGGUGGCGGUGGUGUCAACGGCGGUGGUUGUGGCGGCGGUUGUGGCGGUGGUUGUGGUGGAUGUGGAGGUUAGUGUUGAUUUGGACACUACCGGCUACGUUGGCUUUUUCCUCGACUUGUUGUUUUAAAUUUAAAUAUUUGUAUGUUGUUUCGAAGUGGGAAUGGACUUCCGAAAGGUGUGUGAAUGAAAUUAUGAAUGAUUGCAUUUAAAAAAAAAAAUGAUUGCAUGUAC